AUGAUUACGAAUAUUGGUCCUAGCGAGAAGUCUGUUGAGUCCAGUCUACAAUACUGGCUCAUGUUUCUGAAAUUUAUCGUUCAGAAACUGGAUCUACGCAUAGACGCACCACAUUUAGGUGAGGAAGAUAAGGAGGAAAGACGCAGGCUAUGGUGGGCGGCUUAUAUUAUUGAUCGUCACUCUUCUUUGUCCUUCAAUAGCCGUCCUGUAAUCACAGACCAAGAAUGCAAUCAACUUCCGACGCCAUGUCCGGACAGUAUCUGGGACCAGACGGGUCCAUUAUCCGCAGGCAAGAAUGAGACGAGCUACGAAGCUGAUAUUCUGAAUUAUGCUGUCCGCAGCCUCGACAUGUUUGGCGUUUUCAUCCCACUCUCAAGACAAAACGUCGAGAGCAAUCUCAGUCUGUGGUUUAUUUCAUUUCAAACUCUAGUAGGACCUGACUUUAUUCAGCUCGCGGAAGCUGAAAACGAGGUUUCGGCCCUCCAUUGUGAGGCGCAUAUUGCUUAUUAUGCACUCCAUCUUUAUCAUUGCAUGCAUAUAUUGCUGUACGGCCCAAUGGACAUCGUCGUUAUGUACGAAGAUCUGAAGUGGCAAGCAUCAUCUGAAUUUGUAGCAGCGUGUGAGCAUGCGAAUGCCUGUGCCAAGAUGGCGCAGCAUAUACUAAGGACUGAUCCCCAUCUGUCCCUCAUGUAUAGAUACUACGGGACUUAUUUUCUUCAAUCAUGCUUCAUUUUCCUAAUCCUUGCGCAGAAACUAGGCCGACAAUCAGAUAGCUUGAUUAUAGGCAACUGUGCCAUCAAUCUCAAAGUUCUGGACCAGUUCAUCCUUACGACCAACAUGGACUACCAGCAUGAUUUUGCGAGGCUCAUACGCAAGGUCCUAUCGGAUCUUAUUCAGAAUCCAGCCUCAAAAGAGAUCGAUUUUCAAGAGAACAUCCAACCUUCGUUGGAUCCGGAAAUGCUUCGCUACCGCUGGACACCUGGCUUCAAAGGAUUGCUACCCAAUUUGGACCGGGUUGGAUGA